AAUCGAGCAGAGAAAAAUCCCCGAAACCCUAGCCCGCUUCCCCGGCGCCGGAGCCGGAGCCGGAUCCAGGUCGGGAUGGGCGCCGAGGAGGACGCCGCCGCCCGCCGCGAGCGCCUCAAGGCCCUCCGCGCAGCCAAGGAGCUCCUCUCCACCCCCGACGGCGCCGCCCCCGCACCCGACGCGGACCAGCAGAAUGGUGAGCAUGAGACUGCAGAAGAACAGGGGACAGGGCCAGCAUUACCAGGUUCUGUGGAUGCACCCGAGGAUGCUUCCAAGGAGAACGUUAGCCCCACUAAGGAAUCCGAUGAGGUUGAAGACAAUGGGGAGGUACCACUGAAGUUCAGAAACUACCUUCCUCAUGAUGAGCGGCUCCGAGGUGGCAAGAUGGCCCCGCUGUCUCUUCCCAAGUUUGAAGAUCCGAUCGCUGCUGAUGCCGCUGAAUCAAAGCAGCUGGAGAAUCCCUUCGGGAACAUCGCCCCAAAGAACCCAAACUGGGACCUGAAACGAGACGUGCAGAAGAGGAUCGACAAGCUGGAGAAGCGCACUCAGAAAGCUCUGGCGGAAAUUGCAUUGGAGCAGCAAAAGGAGAAAGAGGCGCUGGAGGAGGGAGGCGAUGCAGCUCAAGAGUGACAUGGUACUGGUGCAGGUCCAAAUGUUUGUGUAGAACAGAGGAAGCAGCUAGACGAGGUCAAACAUUGAUGUGUUUGUAAUGCACGGUGUGGGCUGAGGACUAAUGUACGGAAAUUGUAGUCGUGUGCUCACCUGAUCCAUGGAUAAUGCUUUUCAUUUCAGUAUCCAGAAUUUUGAGUUCUAGUGAUGAUUAGUUUCUUAUGUCUUAGUGAUCAAAUUGAAUAUGAUUCCUUUCAUGAAUGUGGACCAUAUAUAGCCAUGGAACUUGCCGUGCUUAC